AUGGUGCCCGAUUCCCCACCUUCUUCAGACCUCUCUGCGGCGUACGCCGGGCAGCGCGGCGUGGAGAGGAUUGCGCUUCCAGCUCGCGUGACCGCAUGUCAGCUCGGCGUCGCGCCGCACGAGGCAGAGGAUGGCGCUCCGCUUGCUGCAGGCUUUGCGAUUCUCGCGACGUCUUCUGGGCACUUCAUCGACCCCAGCUCGGGUCGCUUCGUCCUCUCAGAGAGCGACCAGGGCGACUUGGAAGAACUCGAGGCCAUCAGCAGCAGCACCAGCAGCAGCGGAAACGACGACGCCUCGCUGCUCCAAAGCGACAGCGGCCGCCAGUCGCCCAGUCUCCUCGACUCGCGGAGUGAACUGGGGGGCCUCGCGGCAGAAGACGAGUUCUUCCGAGUCGAGGAGACAUCCGGGAGCGAAGGCCCCUUCCCCGCCUUUCGCGGAGCGGAGUGCAGGGCCGCCGCACGCCGAUCGCUCGAUUUCUGCGACUCCCCCCGCGCCCAAGACAGAGAAGAUGCGGAGCGCAGCCGUGCGAUCGAGGGCGACGGCGGCGCGGCCUGCAGCGGCGAGCCCGCCGAGGGUCUGCGGCCGCGCGGGUCGCGGCCCGCGGGCCCAAGGGGGGAGGACGGGGAGUGCGCUGCGCAUGCGCCAGAAGAAGACUUUAGGAGUCCAGUGGGAGGCUCAGGCGCCGGGCGUUCUUCCGUUCAGAAACCAGGAGCUGGGCAGGAGGAGGUCAUGGGCAGCGCAAGCCCCGGGCCUGCGCCCUCGGUGCCUCCCUCUGGUGUCGCGUGUGAGGCGGUGAGGGUUCGAGCCGCAGGCACACCAUCACGAAGGGAAGAAAAAAGAGACUUUGAGGCUGAUAGCCAGCCGCCUUCCGCAGAGGCCGGUCGCAGGCCGUCGCCGGCAUUCGAGCCCCGCACUUUUGCGGCGCUUCCGAAGUCUGGGCGGGGCGGCGGCGCGCCUCGGCCGCAUGCAAGCGGAGCGGCGGCUGCGGAAUCCGGAGAAGUCGAGGCUGACGGCGACAGGCCGCGAAGCGCGGGAGCGCAGAGUCAGCUCGCGCACGUGCCCAGAGUCGCAGGCUCGGGAGGACGCGAGGAGGAGGGGAGUGAAGACGAGGAGGAGUUCGAGUCGCCGCAGGAAGACCUCGACAGUCACUCCGCGGGGGACUCCUCAGUAGCCCGCGGAGGGACGCCCAGCAGCGACAGCCUAGCAGGCCGCGGGGGCGACGCAUCCGCAGCGGCCUCUCUUUUCGAAGGCGGCGAGCGCCCCAGGGCCUUGCCGAGCCUGGAGAGGACCCGGCGUGCCGCAGGGCUUCCAGAAGGCGACUUUCCGCGCGACGCCGCGACCAGCGAACCCCACGCGACGGACGCCUCAGCCGCGGGCUGCGCCGAGCCGCGCAAGCAUCGAGGUUCUGCUGCGUCCCGGGUCAUGCCUCCGUCGUCUUGCUAUGAGUCUGACACGGAAUGCGCGGAGCUCAGCGCGCAUGCUGGUGGCGGCGAGUGCGCCGCUGGCCAUGCUGCUCAUGCGGCAGCGCGAGCUCUGCAGCCUUCCGGCGCUCCAGACUGCGCUGCGGCUGCCAGAAAGCCGAGAGACAGGCACGAAGCGAGAAACCAACGCAAUGUGAGCGGCGAACGCGAGACGAUGACUGCCUCAGAGGCGGACGAGGCGUGUCCGCAUGGUGGCUGCCGCCGCCACGAAGGCGACUUACAGCUUUGCUGGGAGCCCCAGUUCGACGCAGCCUGGAGCGUGGAGACGCACCUCGUUGGCCUGCGCGACUUCAAAGUGCACAUUUGUUUGUCGAAUGUGGGCGGGGCUGCGCGCCUGCGCGUCAGUCGGUUCAAAGUGGACGCCUAUCAGCGCUUUGACGCCGUCAUCAGCUUCCUCAAAAAGGCCUUGAAGAAGGACCUCCUGUACGUCUACGUCAACAACUUCAUCCAGCCCCAGCCUGACGAGUUCGUCGCAGAUUUGUUCAAGGCCUUUGGAGUCGGCGGCAGCCUGAUGGUAUCGUACUGCUACACGCCUGCCUAUUAA